AUGGCACGGCAGUUCAUCGCCCAGUGGGUCCUCCAAGAGGCCAUCACUGAGCAAAGGACGGCCAUACGGACAGCCGCCGCGCCAGUGACACUGCACGUGGAGAGCAUUUCCAACAGUCAAAUGUCUUCGUCGUUGUCUUCCUUUUCUUCCUUUCCGUCUGCACCAUCUUCCAAUCGACAGCGCGCAGGGCCUGAAGCGGAGGCAAAGCCGUCGUACCGCAUCUGCAUUGUCGACGGUUCGACUGUGAUAACAGAAAUCGACACCUCAAAACUCAACCCCGGCAACAGCGAAGUCCGCAUCGUGCCGCCAACACGGGCCACGCUGCUCGUUUCUGAGGGGGACGAUCCGACCGUGAGCGAAGGCGGGAAUGGAGGCCGCUCUGGAAUGGGACGUGGCAAUGGCCGUGAUACGUCGCAGAAGAAGAGAUCUCUCCUCAAGCUGUGCUUCCUCAGUGUCGGCGAUCUCAAGGCCGCGUCCCACGAGUUUAUGCGCAUCGGCCUUCGAUGCACCUCCUUGCCAACUCGUGACGGCCGCGCGACGCUGAGCAGAACGUCCUCUGUCGUGUCAAUGCAGGCCAGCUCACAAGGCUCACAGGAGCGGAGUUCUCCAAAGAGAACUGCGUCGGGUCUUGCACGCUCUAGCAGCCUCGUCGCCCGCACAUCGACGUCCCUUCAACCGGCUGUGCGGUCUGCGUCGACGGCGUUGGCAGCCAUGCCAGCCGAAAGACGCUCCACUGGUCCUCUGGAGAACUCCCUCAAGCGGACCUACUCCGACGCACCGCCGGACCUCGCCAAUGCUAGCAGAAUGAAGCGUCGCCAGACGUCUGUUGCGUCACAGACCACAUGUUCGCCGAGUCUCCUACGUCGCGAGUCGUCGGCUGCGGAUGUACCUAUGCAGGACGCUCGACAGCCGCCGCCCGUCAACGUCCCUGCAAGCCGAUCUCUCAGUCGGACGCCACAAUUGAUGGCCUCGAACGACGUGGACGAGCCGCCGCCGCGACGAGAACUGCCACAGUCUGUCACGAGACACCUGUCGCGGACACCGAGCCAGGACACGCGGUCAGCCAGCGCGCAUGGUCGCAGAGGCGCCACGACCGACACGGAAGUGCAGACGGCAGCGCCCUUUGUCGAGCCGGAAGUCGCUCUCCUGGCAGGCAUGGACCUCUUCCAAGAGCUGGCCAAUCUCAAGGACGGCAUGCUCAAGGAGUGCCUGAGCAUGACGAAAGCACUGGGCGCCGACGACCACGACGAGGCCGAAGCGCGUCUCGUUGCACGAUACGCCAUUGAGUUCCAUACUCGCUUUACAGAAAUCUGCACACAGCGGACAAACUCAUUCUGCAUGUAA